GUGUCGCUGUAGAGCUCGCGCGCACAGUUAAAAUGGCGUCGGGUGCCAUUUCAGCAGAGACUAAGAAGAUUACAGAUUUACGCGUUGUAGAUCUCAAAUCAGAGCUCAAACGAAGAAAUUUGGAUAUCACUGGUGUGAAAAAUAACCUCGUUGCAAGAUUGAAGCAGGCUAUAGAAGAUGAAGGUGGCGAUCCAGACAAUAUAGAGAUCGUUGUCUCGGCUGACACACCCACGAGAAAACAAGCCAAAUCCAAAGGAAAGAAGACAAACCUGGACACAGACACCACAAUGGAAGAGGAAUCCUUCUCAAAGGAUACUGAGGAGGAGGAAUCUGAAAAAGAUGUAACUGAUACUGAUGAUGCUACUCGUGAAAAUUCUAAAACCUUCUCCUGUGAAGACGGCCUUGCAGAGCCCGAGGCAGGGGCAGAGCCUGAUCUUAAGGCUGAGGUGGAGCCUGACCCUGAUGCAGAGAUUGAGGCAGAGAGAGAAGCUGAGCUUGAAGUCCCAGUGAUGGAAGCCUUGGAGAGCGAACCUGCUCCUGAACCCGUAAAAGAAGUUGAGGAAGACAAUAUAUCCGUCACCAUCCAGGCUGAAGAUGCCAUCACACUGGAUGUGGAUGGCGACGACCUCCUGGAAACAGGUAAACAUGUGAAACUUCCAGAUUCUGAGACAGACAAGGGCUGUGAAGAAUCUGAGGCCUCUGCUGAGAUGGGGCAGGACACAGACUCGCUGACCGAAGCUAUAGAUGUCAACAAAGAUGGUAAGAGGGAUGACGUCCUGUCUGACACUGCCAAGAAGGACAGCAGAGAGGCCUCGAAGAAAGGAGAAACGGGAGACAAAGAAAAGGAUUCUGGGAAGAAAGGCCCCUCUUCAACUGGGGCAACAGGUCAAGCAAAGAGCUCUUCAAAAGACAGAGAUGGAAAGACUACAAAAGAUGAGAAAGGAGGCAGCAGCAGCACCAUCUCUACUCGAAAUCUGUGGGUGAGUGGCCUGUCCUCCAACACCAAAGCAGCUGAUCUUAAAAACCUCUUUGGCAAAUAUGGCAAGGUUUUUAGUGCUAAAGUGGUCACCAACGCUCGCAGCCCAGGAGCCAAAUGUUAUGGGUUAGUUACCAUGUCGUCCAGUGCAGAAGUGGCCAGGUGCAUCUCCCACCUGGACCGCACAGAGCUCCAUGGACAGCAGAUAUCUGUGGACAGGGUGAGAACUGACCCUUUCAAAAAGGACUUCUCAAAGAAAGAAGGUGAGGAGAAGACAAGUUCCACUAAAACUUCUGGAGAAAAGCGCACUCCAGCUGGAACAAAAACGUCUAGCAAGUCUCCAGCUUCAUCCAAGAAGGAAGAGAAAAAAUCAGAGAAACCCCCUGAGAAAGAUGCCAAAAAGCAAGACUCAAAAAACAACAGAUCUGAUGCACCAUCUUCUGACUCGGCAGCCAAUACGGCCAAAAAAGACGAAAAGAAAUAUGGACGAAAGAGUCCAGGCAAGAUGAUGCCGAUCGACUAUGGUAAAAGAGAGCAAAACUUCAAUAAAUCUCGUCCUCCUUUCAGAAGGGGUGGAAGAUUUGAGAAGCCUGGUGCACCCAAUACAAUGGGCAGAAGGCCCAGAUGGUUUAUACCACCUAAUGAGGUGGAGAUGAUGAAGAAAGGGAGACCCCUGCCUAACAAAGGUGGCAACAAGGACAUCCUGCCAUUUGAAAAGAUGAAGGAACAGCGGAUGCGUGAGCGCAUGGUCAGGAUGGAACGCGUUCGUAGGGCUAUGGAACUACGCAGACGGCGUGAAUUAGCGGAGCGGGAGCGGAUCCGUCUUCUGCGUGAGCGGGAGGAAAGGGAGAACCUGAUGAGAGAGCGGCAGAGGCUGGAGGUGGAAAGACAGAAGCUUGAACGUGAGCGCAUGGAGAGAGAGAGACUGGAGCGGGAGAGAAUCCGCAUUGAGCAGGAGCGACGCAAGGAAGCUGAGCGUUUGGCUCGUGAACGCGAGGAGUUAAGACGGCAACAGGAGCAGCUGCGUUAUGAGCAGGAGAAACGAAACAACUUAAAGAGGGGGCGUGACGUUGACCAAAGGAGGGAGGACCCUUACUGGAAUAGCAGUAAAAAGAUGCAGACUGGGCCAGAGGGGAGAAUCAGUCAGGGCUCUGACUACAACAGCCGCCAACAGAACCGCUUCAACAACUUUAAUCCCAGAGACCGCACCCGCUACCCUCAGACAUCAGCAGUACAAUCCAACAACUUUGAUAGGCGGAACCGUUUUGAAAAUGAAGCCGAUUCAAAGAAGAAUCGGCCUGCUCCACGUCGAGAAGGAUCGGGAUUUGACCGUUAUCCUAAAGAUUUUGAAACUGUGCGUAGAACGGAUCCACCACCUCCUCCCCGCUCUGAGCUGCGGGACAGCGACCGCCGUGAGAUCCGCGACCGUGACGAGCGUAGACCGGUGGCCAUGCCUGAACGAGCAGCCGGAGGCAGAGCGCCUCCAGUCAUUGCUCACUCCAGGACAUCCAGAGACGCUAGCCACACUGGCUGGAAGACUGACGGUGGAAUGAAUGCUAAACAAGGAGAUGUCGGAGGAGCAGUGCGGAUGCGUCCAGAGCGGCCAGGCAGAGAGGGGCCCGGUCCUGCCAUAAGAGGGGCAUCCUCAGCCAGCCGCGGCAGGACCAGUUUCAGCAGUCGAGAUGGAGGCAGACCUGUGGUUAUCGGAGAGCAGCAGCACUUUGGCAGUGGCAGGCAGGUGGUGGUGGAAAGGCAUGGGCGUGAUCAGGGCCCCAGGAAAGACUGGCAUGGGGCAGCGGGAUCACAAAGUGGGGGAUUCCCAGAUAACCGUCGAAUGGGAGAGAGUCGGCCUGGAAUUAUAGCAUCACACUCCAGCCAUUCCUCCUCUGGAAUAAACAGAAUUGUGCAGAUCACUAAUGUUCCCAUUGCUGGCGGCAGUGUAGGCUUCAAGCCUUUUAAAGGAAGGUUCUAGAAUUCAUUUUUUAUUUUUUGAAUUUUUGGUGUUUUUAACUGGCUGAACUAUAGCCAAAAGAUUGUUGUAAAGAUAAAGUUGGAGUUUGUUUUCUUCUUUGUAAAGAGCUUUGUUAGCGUACAUGUAGGUUUUUGUGCCCUAAACUGUUUUCUUGUGACCUGUAAACAACCUUUUGUGUACAUACAUGUUGUCUUGACAUAGUGUAGGUGCAACCUGUACAGCUUAUUUCUUAACCAGUGGAUAUGUAAUGUUAAAAAUUCCUGUCCCAGACACUAUUUUCUGCUUUGGGCAGACUUUUGUUGUGUGUGUGUGGGGCACUGGACAAAUCUCUUAAUUCCAUUAAAAUUUAAAUGUUUUUUUUUUUUUAAAUUGAGGAUUAUAACUGUUUCUGUAUGCUAUGGUUUGGUAUAUUGAGCUACACAAAAACUUUUGCAAGAUGAUCCCAAAUCUUUGAAGAUGGUGAGUGAAUAUUAAGAACACAAACCAGUAGACUUUACUGACCAGAUUUCCUUUAAUCAGACAUACUGUCCCUCGUCUAAGGCAUUUGUUACGGAAAUAUGUCCAUGUACUCUUUUGACAUUGUUGGGCUACACACAUUUUCGUUAUUAAUGAACAUUGCACGCCUUCUAUCCCAUAUUUUGUACAAUUUAUUUGUUUUGCGUAAAUAUACGAGUAUAAAGGAUAAAAAAUAGAAAUCGCAACGGGACUGCUCCAUCAGAUAAUUAACGUUAAACAUGCAUUACAACUGCAUUUCCAUGGACUAACCUGGUAAAUUGCAAUUCCAAGACAUUUUGUCAAGUGAAAUCUUUCCAGUAUCCAUCCUUUUGUGGCAGAAUAUGUAUGUGUGCCAAAAGUUAUUUUAAUAUCAAAGAACUGGGUGACAUUCAGAAAUAUAAUUACCCAACCAAGGUAAUGCCCUGUAUCUGAGUUCUGUCUAAAUUAUAAGCUCAGCCAAAAUCCCUAUCUUACUCUGCUUUCAUUACCAUUUCCUCAAUGGCACUAAGAUUUGAAAAUGUAGGAAUAAUAAAAUUAUAUUCAUGAGUCUUGCAAGCAUUUCCUAUCUGAAUGUAGGGAAAGGAGAAAAAAACUAAAUGGCAACAUUGAGUGAAACCAAAGCUCCUUAUCUUAUUGGAGCCCCAUAAAUAUUAGCCUUAUUGCAAAACAUGGGAUGUCAGACAAACCACCAGUUUUUCAUUUUGUAUAAAAAGAGGUAUCCUUAUCUAGUGCAUAAAGGACUAAAAUGGUCUAGGACACCUGUUUUCCACUACAAAUUCUACAUUUCAGUAUAUACCCCACUAACAAAUCAUUUCAAGCCCUAUGCGUAUAUUCUUGUGACAAUCCACACAUCUGUCAUGAACAAGAUUAUCUGAGUAGUAAAGGUUUAAAAUAGAGUACAAUACACCAGAAUAAAGUUAUAGGCAAUCAAUGCAAAUGACAUGAACAAGCUAAUGCACAGUGGAUUACAUAUUAUUUUGUGUGCUGGAGUCAUCUGUUAUUUGAUUGCAUUUGCAAUGUCCUUAAUCGCUCCUGUUUCAGACAUGCCACUGAUCAUAAGCACCUUGGAAUGUCCAUAUUAAAUCUGACCUGCAAGUACAACAGUUAGCAAGCACUUUAUGACAAAGUUUGACAGUCACUCCACACAGUCCCUCUUUCACAAAUGCAGUGAAUCAUAAUUUAAUCAGAAGUGAAUGUCAGCUUUCCAAAAUUGCCACUGUUUAUAUUUGGAAAAACUUUCCAAGUUUGGUUUUGAUGGGUGAUUUACCAGUUCCAGACACAUUAUGCACCAUUUUAGCACACAAUGCCCAGUACAAAACCUGUAAGACAUCUUUCUCCCAGCUCUAUAGUGCCUAGCUUGUGCUUCCUAGUAUGACACCAGUCAGAGGUGAUACAAGCUUGCUGAUAUUUAUGAAUCCAUUUCUAUGGUUCCUGUAGUGUGAAAUGAAAUGACAAAAAUAAAAAAUACAAUGACUAA